UUCGUUUCAUUUCAACAGCAGGCAGCCGAAGCAAGGCUUGGCGGAAUGGUCGGCUGCCUUGAUUUCAAUUAAUUUUUCAUUAUACAUUUAAUGAUCCAUCAUCGCCAUCCAAACACAACUGUGCGUUUGAUACAUUUAUCUUCUGUUUUGGCGUCAAGAAGAGUGCACGAGAAAGAAAAAGCGCCUUGUUCUGGAGGCUGACCGGUGUAACGACACAGAUGGGACUGCACCAUAUAACAAGCAACGACGUUUCCCAUUUAAAGUUUUGGAUGAAUGCUUCAACAUAAGAAUUGUAACUGAGUUCACACCAAUAAGGGACGUGUUUCAUAUGAUUUUAUUGACACGUUUCGGGUCAAUGUGUUUUCCCAAGUGAAAACAUGGCUAGUUAGCUUCAGCUAGCUAACUCGCUAAAAGGCUAACUGCAUCAGUCUGGAGCAGGGUUGAGAUGUUCGUCUAAAUUUGGACCUAAGCUAGCUAAUCCAGGUAGCUAGCUAGCCACUGGCAACGUUUCUGUGACAAGCUGUCAAACCCAUUGUAUGUAGGAUUCUUUUAUAUGGUGAUUAUUGAUUGUGCGUGUUGGGAAAACUUGCAGAUCGAAACUUUGAUCACAUUUGCUGGCGGAGUUGUGGAAACCAAUGUUUCAUUGACAUCGCAAAGUUAGCCUGCUCGCUACCAAACGUGACUCUACUAUCCUCGACCUGUCAAUGGAAUUCCGAAUGAGUCAUUUCGGGUGUUGUCCUCCAAAAUUCGAAAAGCAGGAGGGCAGCUUCUAGAAUCCUACAAAAGCUGAUUUGUCAUCCCGCUACUCGUGGGAUGAGACCGAUAUUGAAAGGAAUCCAAUUUGAAUGUUUCCAAACAUGGGGUCUUUAAAAGCACUUCAAGAAUGGUGUCGGAUACAAUGCGAGAGUUACAACGAUGUAGACAUCAAGAACAUGUCAUCGUCUUUCCGGGAUGGCUUGGCAUUUUGUGCCAUAAUCCACCGAUAUAGACCGGAUUUGAUAGACUUUGACUCCCUCUCCAAAGAGAAUGUCUACGAGAACAACCGUCUGGCGUUUGAGGUGGCGGAGGAGGAGCUGGGAAUCCCUGCUCUGCUGGACCCAGAGGACAUGGUGUCUAUGAAAGUGCCUGACAGGCUGAGCAUCAUCACCUAUGUCUCCCAGUACUACAACUUCUUCACCAACAAGUCCCAUGCCAACCCCCCCUGCUUGAAGAGGUCCAGUGGUACAGGCCACAUUGAGCCGGCCCAGAAGAGACCAGUGGCCCCUCUGGAAGACAAAGUGGUUGAGCCCGAGCUGAGCCUACCUGGUCCGAUGGGUACGGACGGAGGGGUACAGGCGGGUGUGAAGCGUAGCACCCUCAGCAGCAGCUGCGCCGCCUGCCAGAGGCACGUCCACUUGGUGCAGAGGUUCCUGGUCGACGGAAAGCUCUACCACCGCAACUGUUUCAGGUGUAGGGAGUGUAGCAGCACUCUGCUGCCUGGGUCCUACAAGCUAGGAAACGAGGUCGGCUCCCUGGUCUGCACGCAUCACUUUGCCAGGUCUGCCUUAGCCAAUCAGAACGGCCGACCGGACCUAAGCAAGCGACCGACAAUGGUUCCAUCUGUCAGGAUUGGUCGACCCAUGCUGCCUCAAACUUCUCCUCCUUCUGGGAGGGACCAGGCGGCAAAGACGCCACCACAAAAAGAGACGCCGCCACAAAAAGAGACGCCGCCACAAAAAGAGACGCCGCCACAAAAAGACACUCCGCCACAAAAUGAGACGUCACAAAAAGACACUCCGCCACAAAAUGAGACGCCACAAAAAGACACUCCGCCACAAAAUGAGACGCCACAAAAAGACACUCCGCCACAAAAUGAGACGUCACAAAAAGACACUCCGCCACAAAAAGACACUCCGCCACAAAAUGAGACGUCACAAAAAGACACUCCGCCACAAAAUGAGACGCCACAAAAAGACACUCCGCCCCAAAAUGAGACGCCGCCACAAAAUGAGACGUCACAAAAAGACACUCCGCCACAAAAUGAGACGACGCCACAAAAUGAGACGUCACAAAAAGACACUCCGCCACAAAAAGAGACACCACAAAAUGAGAAGCCACCAAAAGUCACUCCGCCACAAAAAGAGACUCCUCCCCAAGAGGGCGUCACCAAUGAGGAUUACACCCCCACACCAACCAAUGACUCUGACUCUACACCAUGUCCUAUCUCAAUGACAAAAACAGACUCUUUGAAAACAGAGAACGAGAGGGAAGACGGUGCAGGAGAAAGGGAGGUCAAACCUCCACCCUCCAUUCCUCCCAACCCUUUCGAUGACAUCGCGGAGGAGGGGGAGGAGACUCCGACAACAGCCAAAGUCACAGCCAAUGGGGUUAUCCCUUCUACACCUGUCAGUCAUCUAGGACUAGGGGACAGUAAGCCAGUCCCUAUCCCUCGCCGCUUGUCACAGCCCUCCCCUCCACCUCGUCCCGCCCCCAGGGUCCGCCCACCCCGCGUUGACAACCUUGCGGUCAAUGGUGAUCGUGGUGAGCACAGGAGAUGUCUUCCUCCAGCUCCCAGACCUCGAGGAAGAUCCCACUCCCCUGGAAGCUCCAGUCUCUCCAGCGACGCCCCCAAACCCCCUAACCCGCCCUGGCUGGCCCUCGUCCAAUCCCAAGAACCCAAGAAGAAACCAGCACCUCCCCCUCCCCCUGGAGUGGCCACACCCCCACACACUGGUUCAUUAUCUUCUCUAAAAGGGGAGGGCUCCAGACCACCCACGCCCCCUGCACCUGCCAACCCCUUCGAUGAGGAAGAAGAUGAGGUGGGGUCAGGGGAGGGGUCAGUAGGAAGUUUGGUUUCUACCACUGUGGUGGUGAGUCAUCCGUGGUACAGCAUCUCCCAGGCAGCAGACGCUGCGGCUGACCCAGACACGCCCCCCAUUGGGGGUAUUUCCUCCCGCUCUGCAAGCCCCAAUGACUUCAGGUGCAAGAAACGCCCGGCGCCCCCAAAGCCUGUUCCAAAGGCCCCCGGCUCUAACUCAGCCCUUCCUCACUCCCAGCCCUCCUCUUCCUCUCCCUCUCCAGCUAUUAGCAUAGAGAGCCUAUCCUCUGCCUCUGACCAUAGCUCCUCCCACCCAGCUUCCCUAGGGGGUGGGGCCACAGGCGAUCAGGACAACCCUUUCACCAAGAGCGUAUCAGAGCCCUCCAUCUGUGGGCCCUGUGGUGGUUUCACCCCCACCCCCUCCACCUCAGCCAAUCGCCUCUCUCCGAGCCCCUCCCCUCCUCCCCAGUCAGCCAAUCCUCGCUCUGCUCCGGCCACUCCGCAGAGCAAUCGGAGCGCCAGGCCCCCGCCCCCAAGACCUCCAACGACACCCAGCCCCCUGGCAGCAUCAAGUGCUAUCCCAGUUCCACCCCCCAAGCGGACUUGUAAGGAAAACCCUUUCAACAGGAAAGCCUCUCCCUCCCCUGUUUCCUCCCCUAAAACCAGACCCCCUAGAGGCCCUCGCCCCGCCCGGCCCCCCGCCCCUGGACACGGCUUCCCCCUCAUCAAACGCAAGGUGCAGUCAGACCAGUACAUCCCAGCUGAGGACAUCCAUGGAGAGAUGGGAGAGCUGGAGAAACAGCUGGAUGAGCUGGAGCAGAGAGGAGUGGCUUUGGAGAGAGAACUACGCGAUAACCCCAAUGGUAAAACUAUCAUAUAAACCUCUCAAGACUAG